UAAUAAAUAUGGCCGCAUGAAGACUGGUUUGUGCAUGUCGUCAAUAUUAAACCCCAGUGCAAGUACUUUACUUUGAGAAAUGGCGACUAAAACAGCACCAACGAGUCAACUCCGGUUGGAGUGGGUAUAUGGAUACAGAGGACAUCAAUGCAGAAACAACUUGUUUUACAAUGCCAGUAAGAAUAUCAUCUAUUUCGCUGCCGGUAUUGGGAUUGUUUAUAACGACAGAAACCAUAAACAGCGCUUCUAUCUCGGCCAUGACGAUGACAUCUUGUGCCUCAAUCUGCACCCUGAUAGAUCAAUGGUGGCAACCGGUCAGACAGGAAAGAGUCCAUUCAUCUGUGUAUGGGACUCGAACACCAUGGAAACUGUCUCCAUACUGAAGGAUGGACACCAAAACGGGGUUGCUGCAGUGGCAUUUGACAGAGAGGGAACGCGUCUGGUAUCUGUCGGGCUUGACCAGCAGUCAACCAUUAAUGUAUGGGACUGGAAAAGAGGAAAAAUACUGGCUACUGUCCGUGGCCACUCUGACAGGGUAUUUGAUGUACAGUUCCAACCCUUCAAUAACAACACCAUUGUAAGCUGCGGUGUGAAACACAUCAAGUUCUGGACGCUAUGUGGAAAUUCUCUGACCUCCAAAAAGGGCGUGUUCGGCAAGACUGGUGAGAUACAGACCAUAAUGUGUAUGGCAUUCAGCACCAGCGACAACGUAACCUACUCCGGCACAAUGAGCGGAGACAUCUAUAUCUGGAAAGGAAACAACCUUGAUAGUGUCGUACAAGAGGCACACAAGGCUGCUAUCUAUGCUAUUGACCAUGCAGAUGAGGGCUUUGCCACAGGUGGUAAGGAUGGCUGUGUACGGCUGUGGGACUCAGACUUUAAGCCUAUAACUACGAUAAGUCUGGUCAAUACGCACCUAGGAUAUAAAGGUUUAUGUGUGCGAAGUGUGUGUUGGAGAGGAGAAAGUGUUCUGUGUGGGACACAGGACAGUGAAAUAUUUGAACUGUCGGUACGGGAGCGCGACAAGCCCAAAUGUCUUGUACAGGGCCAUGCGGAAGGGGAACUCUGGGCUCUUGCAAUACAUCCACGCAAACCCAUAUUUGCCACAGGAAGUGAUGAUCAGACACUCAGAUUGUGGAAUAUGAACAACUUUGAAAUACUUUCAAGGACCUCCCUUGAUCAGAAGAUUAGAUCAUGUGCUUUUGAUAAUGAGGGGAAUCACAUUGCUGUUGGGCUCAUGGAUGGCUCCUUUUUGGUAUUGAAGGCUGGAGAUUUUGCUGAGGUUGUUCACAUCAAAGAUAGAAAGGAGGUGAUUCACGAGAUGAAGUUUUCACCUUGCGGUAAAUUCCUGGCUGUUGCUUCCAAUGAUAACUUUGUGGAUGUGUACUCGGUGGAGCAGCGAUACAAACAGGUGGGGCUAUGUAAAGGGAGUUCCAGCUUCAUCACCCACAUCGACUGGUCAGAGGACAGCAAGUUUCUCCAGACAAACAGCGGUGCUGCUGAAAGACUCUUCUAUAAAAUGCCAGUUGGAAAACAGGUCACCAACAGAGAGGAAAUUGUCAACAUCAGGUGGCAUACAUUCACUGGUGUUUUGGGGUCAGAGGUCAAUGGCAUCUGGGAGAAGUACACGGACACCAACGAUGUCAACGCUGUGGACGCCAACUUUCCUGCGGAGACUAUUGUCACUGGCGAUGACUUUGGUCUCGUCAAACUGUUCAAAUUUCCUUGCCUUCGGAAAGGUGCCAAAUUCAGGAAAUACAUUGGUCACUCAGCUCAUGUUACCAACGUGCGGUUCUCACAGGACAAGAGCAGAGUGAUAUCCACGGGAGGGGCUGACCACAGCGUGUUUCAGUGGCGAUUCAUCGGAGCCGACGGAGCCGAUACUGGAGAUCUGGUGGAUCCACAGAGUGGCUACAUGGAUUCCAACAGUGAGGCGAGUGACUCCGACAUGUCUGAUAUUGGUGAGGUCGACUCGGACCUAGAGCAGGAGAAACAGAUCAAAUAUGACCGUGCAUUGUACAAAGAGGAUGCAAAAACUAUACGUAAGAAGAUAAAAUCAGAGCUGGGCAGUGGUCAGAAACGCAAAAAGGGACCGGACGUAGGACUUCAACUUGAAUAUAUCCAUGGGUACCGAGGUUACGACUGCAGAAACAACCUGUUUUACACACAAAAUGGUGAAGUGGUUUACCAUGUGGCUGCGGCAGGCAUCGUCUACAACAGAGACAACAACACGCAGAGGUUUUACACAGAACACACGGACGACAUCCUCUGUCUGUGUAUACACCCUCUCAAAGAUUUGGUUGCCACUGGCCAGGUGGGUCGUGAUCCAGAGGUCCAUGUCUGGGAUACAGAGUCUCUCAAGACUGUGUCGGUACUAAAGGGCCAGCAUCAGAGAGGAGUGUGUGCUGUAGACUUCUCAGGUGAUGGUAAAAGACUAGCGUCCAUUGGACUAGAUGAUAACCACUGUAUAGUGGUGUGGGACUGGAGGAAAGGAGAGAAACUGGCUACCACAAGAGGCCACAAGGACAAGAUAUUUGUGAUAAAGUGGAAUCCAUUCGAGCCAAACAAGCUUAUCACUGUUGGAGUAAAACACAUUAAGUUUUGGACACAAACAGGUGGAGGUUUCACAUCGAGUCGCGGAACAUUUGGGAACGUGGCGAAGUUGUGUGACAUGCUAUGUAUCACGUUCGGGAAGGCAGCCGAUUUGUUCUACUCUGGAGGCAGUGACGGAUGUGUGUUUGUCUGGCAGGACACCAAACUCCAGCGUACAGUGAAGGCACACGAGGGUCCUGUUUUUGCCAUGCAUUCCCUCGACAAGGGCUUCGUGACUGGAGGUAAGGAUGGUGUGGUAGGCCUGUGGGACGACCAGUUCGAGCGAUGUUUGAAGACCUAUUCUUUAAAACAAGCCUCCAUCUCCCAAACGUCACGAGGGAUGUUGAUAACCGAGUCCCCGUCCAUCAGAGCUAUAGUUCUGGGACACGGCAAGAUUCUAGUGGGCACACGUAAUGGAGAGGUGCUAGAGAUUGACAAGUCUGGUCCGGUGACAUUGCUCACACAGGGCCACAUGGAAGGAGAACUAUGGGGCCUUGUUGUUCACCCACGGAAGAAGGUGUGUGCGACGGUCAGCGAUGACAAGACGCUCCGUAUCUGGGACCUCAAAGACCACAAAAUGAUCAACUACAAACUGCUCAAGCAGGCAGGCAGAUGUGUCGACUUCUCCGCAGACGGCAAAUUUCUGGCUGUGGGCCUGAAAGACGGAAGUUUUAUGGUCAUUAACUCUGACACGAUGGAUGAGAUUUUGACCUUCCACCACAGAAAGGAAGAAAUUUCGGACAUCAAAUUUUCCCCAGAUCCAGUGAAGUACUUGGCUGUAGCCUCCCAUGACAACUUUGUGGACAUCUAUAACGUGUUAAACCAGAAGAGGGUUGGAACCUGUAAGGGGGCCUCCAGUUACAUCACACACGUAGACUGGGAGCGAAAAGGAAAAGUACUCAUGGUGAACAGUGGUGCCAAAGAGCAACUUUUCUUUGAGGCGCCCCGGGGGAACCGUGUCACUCUGCGGCAUGCUGAAAUAGAGAAGUUGGAUUGGGUGACGUGGACCUCGGUGUUGGGACACACAUGUGAGGGGGUGUGGCCACCCAAGAGUGAUGUCACUGAUGUAAAUGCUGUCUGUGUCAGCAGCGACAAGAGUGUUAUUGCUACAGCUGACGACUUUGGAUUUGUGAAACUCUUCCAGUACCCAGUUAAGGAGAAGUUUGCUAAGCACAAGAAGUAUGUUGGCCACAGUGCCCAUGUGACCAAUGUGCGAUUUACUUGCGACGAUAACCUGUUGGUGUCUACUGGCGGGGCCGACACUGCCACUAUGGUAUGGCGCUACGGUAAUCCGACAGAGGCAGGCCCAGUCACAUGUGGGGAUAGUGAUGACUCGGACACGGACUCCGAGGAGGAGGGAGGCUACGACAGUGACGUAGAACGAGAGAAGAACUUAGACUAUGCCAGUAAGAGCUACGUAGAUCCCAUCAGAGAGAGGAAGGGUGUAAAACCCCAUCUUCAAGACGGAGCUGGGCUGCAGAAAAAACCUGGUUUCCAGCGCAAACCUCCACAACCUCCCAAGGUUAAAAGGUCAGAGGCUCCAUCUGCAGGGUCAAAGAGAAAAAAGGCAACACAAGUAACCGAUCUUCAGUUGGAUUAUGUGUUUGGUUACCGAGGAUUUGAUUCUCGUAACAACCUACAUUAUAUAAACGACGGUGCUGACAUCAUCUUCCACACAGCUGGAGCAGGCAUCGUCCAAAACCUGUCUUCAGGUCAUCAGAGCUUUUACCUAGAACACACAGAUGACAUCAUUUGUCUUGCCGUGAAUCAAAAUCCAAAGUUUAAGAAUGUGAUGGCGUCUGGCCAGAUAGGAACUGUUCCAACUAUACAUGUGUGGGAUGCCUCUACCAAGGAGACAAAGUCGAUACUAAGUGGAGGUCACUCUAAAGGUGUUUGUGCUGUGGACUUCUCCUGCUCAGGGAAAUACUUACUGUCCGUUGGACUUGAAGAUGACCACAAUGUGAUUGUGUGGAGGUGGCAGGAAGGGUCUAAAGUAGGAACAGUUCCGGGACACAGCCAGAGGAUUUUCCAAGCAGAGUUUCGGCCCGACUCCGAUAGUCAGUUUGUGACUGUUGGCGUGAAACAUGUCAAGUUCUGGACGGUAGCAGGUUGUGAGCUGAGAGGUAAACGUGGCAUACUGACCAUAGCAGGGACGGACCACGGGACGACAGUCAAAAUGCAGACCAUGCUCUCAUUAGCCUUUGGGGCGAACAACAUGACGUACACUGGAGCCAUGAGUGGGGAUGUGUAUGUCUGGAAGGACACAACACUUGUCAGACUGGUACAGAAAGCUCACAGCGGCCCUGUCUUUACCAUGUUUACCACCCUGAGGGAUGGCCUCAUUGUAACUGGAGGCAAGGAACCAGAUUCAAGAGAAAGUGGACCCGUGAAGCUAUGGGACCAGGAGAUGAAGAGGUGCCGUGCAUUUUCUGUACAGGAAGGAAAUUUGAAACCCUCAGUUGUCAAGUCUGUGUGCCGAACAAAGGGUAAAAUCCUGGUCGGGACAAAGGAUAAUACAGUGAUUGAGGUGGCUGAGAAGAGUGGGACCAACUCCGUGUUAGUUGGGGGCCACGCAGAGGGAGAAGUCUGGGGCCUCGAUGUUCAUCCCACAAGUCCCUGUUUUGUUACUGCCAGCUUCGACGGCACUGUCAGGUACUGGGACCUCUCUAAAAAGGCUACUGUGGCCAGACUGGACAUCGGAGCUGCCAGGUCCACAGCGUUCAGUGUGGAUGGUGAAAUGUUAGCUGUAGGUCUGAAGAAUGGAGAGUUUGUUGUGCUGACAACAAAUGGACUGAAGCUGUGGGGGAAACGAAGGGACCGAGCAGGAGCCAUCAAUGACGUCAGGUUCAGCCCUGAUGGUAAGAUACUUGCAGUUGGGUCUGAGGAUUGUUGUGUAGAUUUCUACGACCUCAGCAAAGGGAAGUCACUCCAGCGGGCAGGGUACUGCAAAGGCAUCCCCACGUUUGUCAUCCAGAUGGACUUCUCAGCCGAUAGUCAGUAUAUCAGGGUCAGUACAGGAGCUUACAUCCGCCAGGUCUUCACAGUCCCCGGUGGAGCCUUGGUCGAGGACCACAACAUCACUGAUAAAAUCACUUGGGCAUCAUGGACAAGUACACUGGGUAACGAGGUACUUGGAAUCUGGCCGAAGGACUCGAGUGGUGGAGAUAUCAACUGUUCCCAUCUCUCUCACCUUGGUAACGCCCUGGCAACGGGGGAUGAUUUUGGAUUUGUCAAACUGUUUGAGUUCCCAUGUCCAGAAAAACAAGCUCAGCAUAAGUCAUUUGUAGGUCACUCUGCCCAUGUGACCAAUGUGAGAUUCAUGUUUGAUGACAAGUUUCUCAUCAGCACUGGAGGUGAUGAUUGCAGCAUAUUUGUAUGGAAGUGCACAUAAAAGAAUGCCCUGGAUACCAAGCAAUGUACCUGGUUACAGAGGAGCUUGAUACCAAGCAUUAUACCUGGUUACUAAGCAACAUAACUGGUUACUAAGGAGCUUAAUACCAAUCAUUAUACCUGGUUACUAAGCAACAUACCUGGUAACCAGGGAGCUUGAUCCCAAGCAUUAUACCUGGUUACUAAGCAACAUACCUGGUUACCAAUGAGCUUGAUACCAAGCAUUAUACCUGGCUACUAAGCAACAUACCUGGUUACCAAGGACUUUGAUACCAAGCAUUAUACCUGGUUACUAAGCAACGUACCUGGUUACCAAGGAGCUUGGAUUACCAGAAUUCAGCAGCAGCUAAUGUCAGGACCGACAACUGUUUCAUUGUGACCUAACAAACAUUUUGUUAUCUACGUCAUCAUUGUAUUAUAUUUGUAAAUGUUAAUGUAACAAAAUUAUAAAUA